AGUGCUGAGACAGUGAGAGCAGCUGCAAUGGGAAAUACCACCAGCAGCGCCUUAUCGAAGGAGAUCCUGGAGGACCUGAAGCUCGGCACCAAGUUCACAGAGACCGAGAUCUCCCAGUGGUACGAGAACUUCCAGAAGCAGUGUCCGACGGGCCGCAUCACGCCCGAGGAGUUCGAGCAGAUCUACGAGCGCUUCUUCCCAGAGAGCGACGCCAAGAGCUACGCUCGCCACGUCUUCCGGUCCUUCGACACCAACGACGACGGCACGCUGGACUUCAAGGAGUACAUCAUCGCGCUGCACAUGACCUCCACCGGGAAGACCACCCGCAAGCUGGAGUGGGCCUUCUCGCUGUUCGACGUCGACAAGAACGGAUACAUCAACAAGACGGAGGUGACCGAGAUCUGCCAGGCCAUAUUUAAGCUGAUCCCUAAGGAGGAGCAGAGCAAACUACCAGAGGACGAGAACACACCGGAGAAGAGGGCCAACAAGCUGUGGGCGUACUUCGAGAAGAAAGACAACGAGCGACUGGCCGAAGGAGAGUUCAUCAAAGGGGUGAUAGAGAAUGAGAAUGCGAUGCGUCUUAUCCACUACGAACCACCGAAACAAUAAAGCCGCUCCCAUUUAUCCCCUUCUGUCUUUUAUGAAUUUGUCCGUUCUAAACCCUCAGAUGCUUCCUCUCUAAUCCCUCUGUGUAAAUACUCAUCCUGCAGUGUCUUGGUCGCAGCUAACUUUUCAGAAAGUUUACGUCAUUUUGUUUUUGUUUUUCUUCUUUGUCAAUGAAUUUAUAUCGAGAUAGACGCCGCUAGAGGCAAAGUAUGACGUGUACAGCCAAAAAAAGAAGGUUUAUAGCGUGUUUAUACAUUAAUAUAUGCAUAUUAGGAGUUGAAAAAUGAUCUAAUAUCCAAUACUUAUUCGCAUAAAUAAUUCCUGAUGAAAUAAAUGAAUUUAAUAAUGUGGUUUCCUCAUUCUCUCUGAUUGGUUAAACAUCACCACUAGCAGCCAAUCAGCACUGGAGGAUAAAUGUUGAUAAGUUCUGUAUUCAUUUAACAUUCAAAACAUAAAUUAACUAAUUAAUUCUGCAUUGCAGUUUGUGUUAUUUUGAAUUCUGACACCAAGAUUUUAAUUUGUACUGCAUAUAUUCAUGUUCACUACCAUCCACACGUUUGGUUUCACUUGUUCUUAUUGUUGAA